AUGGCAGCCUGCGCGUCGUCCCUCGCGUCCUCUACCGCAUUUCAAGGCGUCUCCGUGCCGCGCGCCGUUCCUCUCGCUGGAGAAGGCGGCUUCCCCCGCUCCGUCCUUCGACGCGCAGAGUCUCUCCCCGCGCGGGGGUACCGAGCGGUGCGCGUGCGCGCGUCGUUGCGCGCGGAUGUCAGCGAGGGCAGCGGGGCGCAAAAUGGCGCGCGCGCGGCUGCGGAGCACCCUCUCCGCGGGAACCUCCUCUCCCGCCGCAGGCUCUUCGCCCUCGCGGGGCCUUUCGCUCUCGCGCUCGCCGGUUUCCCGCGGAUCGCCCGCGCGGAGGAAGAAGGUGCUGACGUGGCAGUGCUGGAAGCUCCUGCUGACGUGGCAGUGCUAGAUGCCCCUGCUGAUGUGGCAGUGCUGGAUGCGCCUGCUGACGUCAUUGCGGAAGUUGCGCCGGCUGCCGAGCCCGCCACUGUGGAGCCAACGCUGACGUCAGACGCAGCCGUCGCGGCAGAAGCGACAAACGCGAAUGCUGCGAUUGAACCGCCUCAGGCUCAACCUGAGCCUCAGCAGCGGGAGGAGAAGGAGCAGGAGGCGCAGCAGCAGGAGCAGGCGGAGGAGCAGGCGGAGGAGCAGCAGGAGGCGUUCGGUGGCGCGUGGCUGGGCGCGGCGCUGCUGGGUGCGGCGCCAGCUGGCGCGCUGGGAUUCGUGCUGCGAGGGGAGCGCGCGCAGCGGGAGGCGGCGGAGGGUGACCUGGCGAAGGUGCACAUGGUUCUUGAGCAGACGAACAAAUGCCACCAUGCGGGUGAUCACAUGGUUCAUCCACCCACCACCAUGGCAUGGCACUGCGGAGGCGGUGUGGUGGAGGGUGACAUGGUGAAGCUAUCCACGCAGCUCUCCCAGCGGCAGCAGCAGCUCGCAGCAGCACAGGCCGAGGCAGAGGCAGCAGCAGGAGCCGUCUCAGCCGCCCAGAAGGCAGCUGCAGGCCUUGCUGCCGACCUGGAAGCUUCCAUGAAGGAGCGCGAGGCGCUGCAGCAGGAGCUGGUAACCGGGCGGGUGAAGCUGCAGCAGAAGAUCGGCGAGGCGGUUACCGCAAAGGGUGACGUGGCACGGUUACAAGGGAGGGUGAAGGAGUUGGAGCAGCGUGUGAAGGAUGCGGUUGCUGAGCUGGAUGCCAAGUCAGCGCAGCUGAAGGAGAGUGCUGACGUGGAGGCCCGGCUGCGUGCUGAGCUGGCGGACGCUCAGGGUGCGGUGGCUAAGGUUGAGGAUGACGUGGCAACCCUGCAGGCUGAGCUGGCAGAAGAGAAGAGCACGGUGCAAAAAAAGGAGGAGGAAAUCCAAUCCCUGCAUGCUGACGUGGAAUCCACCAAUGCCAGCCUGGCAGCCGCCCACGAGUCCCUCGAAUUGCUCCGAAACGAUCUGGCCUCUGCUCGGGAGGAAGCUUCCCAGAAGCAGCAGACUCUCACCAGACUGGAACUCGAUGCCGAGACCCUCAAAGGAACCGUCCGGGCAGCUGAACGGGCAGCCGAAGAAGCCCGCAGCCAGCUGGGAACCGCCCAGAAAUCCCUCGCGGAUCUCCAGCAGCUAGCGGACGAAGCGGAGGCCGGAAAGCGGGCAGCGGAGGACGCGUUGGAGCGGGAGCAGCGGGCUGCAAGCGCGGCCGUGCAGGAGCUACAGAUGCAUUUGGCAGCAUUAGGGCGCGAGAGGGAGGUGGUGGGGCAGUUGAAGAAGGGCGUGGAGGAGGCGGGCAGGGUGGUGGAUGCGCUUCAGGGGGAGACUGAUGCGCUCAGGGCGGAACUGGGGGAGGUGCAGAGGCGGGAGAGGGAGGGGGAGGAGGCUCGGAGGGGAUUGGAGUCCCAGCUGGCAUCGCUCUCCGCUGAGCUGGCGGCCGCGCGGGACGAGGCCGCCAGGCUGGCGGCGGAGAAGGAGGCUGCUGAUGUCAGCCGGGCGUCAGCAGAGCAGAAGGCGCAGGAGGUGCAGCAGCAGCUGGACAGCACGUUUGAUGAGGUCUCACGGCUGAAAGGACAGGUGACACAGAUGACCCGUGAGUUGGAAGCUGGGGAGAAGAAGUUUGAAGCGAUGCUGGAGGUGAGGGCGGAGGCAGCCAUGCUGGUGGAGGCCUUGGAGGACCAAGCGUACGCAGAGGCCAAGGAGAACAAGAAGCUCAAGAAGCGGAAUGCUGAGCUGGAGGAGUCAAGCAAGGCGGCAGCAGCAGUGGCGGAGGAGCUGGAGACGGUGCGGGCUCAGCUGAACGCUGUACAGCAGGGCCGCAUGGUGGGGUCUAAGAGCGAACAGGGGGAUGCGCAGGCUUGA